UAACACCAAACUUCCCCAUACAAAAAAAAAAAAAAAAAAAACCAUCUCGAUCAUUGGUGCGAAAUAGGGUAUUUAACCGCCGGACUGUCUGCAAUUGGUUUUGGUUCAUUUAUGACUAACAACAACAAACAAACUGCUGUGUUAAUUAAUAUAUAUUCAAAUUAAUUAACCAUAAAAAGGGUGAUAGCUGAACUAAUUGGAAAUUAAGCUAAUUGAAAAAUGAAUCCCUGUCGACCAUUUUCCACCUUCCUGUCCAUUUGGCGCGUAUCCAAACCAACCAACCCAAACGCGCGCACUCUCUCUCUCUCUCUCACGCUCUGCUCACUUGGCCAAACAAAAAAAUUGGAAAAAGAAAAGAGAGGAAAAUGGGAAACGAAAAAUCAAAACCAUCGCUUUGGCUUUCAAAACUGACACAGAGAGGUAGAACUUAGAAGAGAAGAGAGAGUAAGGAGAGAGAGACAGAGAGAGAAAGUAGUGAGAGAGAGGGGAAAAAGGGCAAAACACCAAAAUCCCAACAAACAGUGCACCUCUCGCGUUUGCGUUCGUAGUGUGAAGAAGAGAAAAUAAAUCAGUGUGUACUGUAUGUAGAGAGAGAGAGAGAGAGAGAGAGAGAGGGAGGGAGAAGGAGUUGUUUUUCCUAGUUUUUACUGCGUCGAAGCUUUCUCUCACUACUUUCUCUGUCUAGAAGUGGAAGGGGGGGGGGGGGGGGGGAGAAGGGAGGAAGGAGAAGAAGAAGAAGAGGAGAGGGCCAUUUGACCGGGGUCGCGGGUUCGACGGCCGUACAGUCUCUCAAUGCUCCGCGGGGCUCCGCGAAUUCCGGGUCCGUCGAGCAUGGAGCGGUACGGACGGGGCCAGGAAGGGACGCAGGCGGAUCCGUCGCCGGAAUGGUCGGCACCGGGGCCGGAAACUGGGCUUGAAGAGGGACUGUGGCAGUUGGGAUUGGGUGGAGAAGGCGAUGCCGGGUACCCGGAAAGACCCGACGAGGCCGAUUGUAUCUACUACUUGAGGACAGGGUUUUGCGGGUACGGAGCGAGGUGUCGGUUCAACCACCCCCGUGACCGAGCUGCGGUACUGGGAGCUGCUAGGGCUGGUGGAGGGGAGUUCCCUGAACGAGUGGGCCAGCCUUUGUGUCAGUAUUAUAUGAGGACUGGAAGUUGUAAAUUUGGUGCUUCUUGCAAAUACCACCACCCAAAGCAAGCAAUUGGUUCAGCUGCUCCUGUGCCUCUAAAUUAUUAUGGUUACCCUUUACGUCCGGGCGAGAAAGAAUGUACAUACUAUAUAAAGACAGGGCAGUGCAAGUUUGGUGCUACAUGUAAAUUCCAUCACCCACAGCCAGCCAAUGUACAAGUUCAACGGCAGUCAUUGCCAUCACAGGUAGCACCUGUGGCUACUCCAUUAGCUGCUCCUGCAUUAUAUCCACCCAUGCAGUCUCCAUCAGUUCCCUCAUCCCAACAAUACGGGGUAUUAGUUGCAAGGCCUCCUUUGUUGCAAAGCACAUAUACACAAGGACCUUAUGGUCCCAUGCUUCUGUCUCCAGGUGUAGUUUCCUACCCAAGCUGGAGCCCUUACCCGGGUCACGUAAGUCCAGCAGCAUCUCCUGGCAGUCAGUCUGCACUUGGUUCGAGUUCUGUGUAUGGAAUAACUCAAUUGUCGCCAUCGGCACCUGCCUAUAUCGGGGCUUAUUCACCUAUGCCUUCUUCAAUUGGGCCUUCAAGUAGUAGCCAAAAGGAACAGUCUUUUCCUGAGAGACCGGGUCAACCAGAGUGUCAAUAUUACAUGAAAACCGGUGAUUGUAAAUUUGGAUCGUCAUGUAGAUACCAUCACCCGCCUGAAUUCAGUGCACCAAAACCGAAUGUCGCUCUUAGUCCAUUGGGUCUCCCCAUGCGCCCAGGGGCCCCUCUUUGCACUCACUACACGCAGCGUGGGCAAUGCAAGUUCGGUCCAGCAUGCAGAUUCGAUCAUCCAAUGGGAAUAAGUUACAGCCCAUCUGCAUCAUCCUUGGCCGAUAUGCCCGUUGCACCAUACCCCGUGGGCUCUUCAAUCGGCACUCUAGCUCCAUCCUCUUCAUCCUCAGAGCUACGCCUUGAACCGACAGGAGGAUCUAGCAAGGACUCCUCCAGUUCCACGAGGAUGACAUCAUCAUCAGUUAACACCUACAGUGGGUUCAUAGGCUCAACUUAUUCAAGUACUCAUCAACCUUCUUCUGGUUCUUUAACUGGCAGCAGCAGCAGUGGCGGUGACAGCAAUGCACAUGCCUCGAGCUAAUUGAAAGGUUCUUGCAUCCUCUGUUCAUUCUACCUCGAUCACCAUUCAUGAAAGCCACAAUCUUCUCUUUUUUCUUUCACCCCAUGCUAGCUGUCAACUAGGAAGCAAAAGGUUCUCAUAACUUAUAUCAUCCCUCAUAUGGCCAUCUAUCUUUCCCCCCCUCAUCUUUUGAAUAAACUAUGGGCAAGGCUUAGUGAACUGCCCUAAUAUAGCCUUGUUUGCCCCACCCCUUUUUUUGUUUGAAUAAUAACCAUGAGAGGUUACUUGCAGUUCUCUUGCCUCUCUCCCUCUCCCUCUCUUUAGACAGAAGUUGAGUCCCAAGGGAAGUUGGGGAGAGAGAGUUGGUUUGGACUUUGGAGAAUUGUGGCAUAUUGUAUGUUCUCUUCUUUGUUUUCAAAGACGAAAGAAGAAUGAGAGCAGCUCAAGAUUCUUCCUUUCACUUCAGCCUGAUGGCUUCCAAUUGGUGCAGUGAAAAGGAAAGAAGGAAUUGGAAGGGGUUUUCUUGUUCAACCCCCCAGUUUUUUGGUGCAGGGGUUUUAGUGUGAAGAAAUACCUGAACAGAUUUGUGGAAAAAGAUGGGAGGCACAAUCUCAAUGUUCUCUUUACCUUUUUCAUUUUUCCAUCUUUUUCUCCUCCAAUGUGAUUAGAUGCAUAGUUUGUUCUUAUAUGUGUUGUUCCCACAAUCAACUCUCUCUCUCUCUGUCCCUAUCUUUCUGUGACAUUGUUAUUGAUGACUCCUGUUUAUGCAUAGUUUACAAUGUAUACCAAGAAUCUCUACCUUCUUUUGUUUGUAAUAAUGAGUUGAAAUUCCUCUCUCCAUAACUUUCUCUAUUUCUAACAUCUUCAUUUCCCAUUCAGAAGUAGGUGCAUUUCUUCCUGAAAGUGAAGUGCCCUUUUUUUCCCUACAAGCAGAAAUCCGUCUUUGCGAUGGUAAACUCCGGCCCCAUAGAUAUUCGGCCAAUUUUGGGAGCAUUUGAUUAGGGCAAGGAAACUAGGAAAUCAGUGUAUAUUUUGUUGGUUAAGUAGCCAUGUCUUCAUUACUAAUACUAAUGCCACAUGUUCAAUCCAGUUUCAAUUACCCAGUAACAACGAAGUCUUUGAAAGAAUAGCUUCUUGUUUUCUAUGGAAUCUUGUUACUAGGGAGCAAUGCUUUAGAAACCCUACAAUAUCGAUCGGACUGGAAUAUUAGAUCAUACAACAUUCCAAAUGAUAAACGGUUUAGCUAUACGAAGCGGUUGAACCAUGAUUCAAUAACGGUUUUAGUACAAAUACCAUACCACUAACUUUUUCGCCAUAACUUUCGGUACACUUUCACAAUCAUUGCUACAGAGUUGAUGGAACAACUAGUAGUGAAGUAAACAACAAAAGUGUCAUUCUUGAUAUGAUUCAUAUAAAAUCAAGCAUGGUAGUUGGAAAGGGUAUAUGUAGUAGUGUUAAUUAAUUUAUAUAUAUAUAUAUAUAUGUCUUCUUUCUUAAUUAAGGGUUUAAAAGAUG